CUUCUCCCUUUAAAGGAGGUAUGGACCUGUUGCGCUCUGAACCCUCCGGAGAGCUGCUGGGAACUUGAACUGAGAAGGUUUCGUCUCUGUUGCCUGAAUGGAUUUUAAAGAGCUUGGAGCUGAUUGCUCGGAGGGAGACGCGGAGGAUCUGGACAGCGUCAAAGCGCUGACGGAAAAGCUGAAGCUGCAGACGCGAAGACCGUCCUAUCUGGAGUGGCAGGAGCGGUUGCAGAGUCGCCCUUGGACGGACAGAAGUCCCAAGGAUAGUCCGGACUCUGCUGGAGGAGAUGUUUCCAUACCGGCAAUUUUGAGAAAUGACAACUCUGAGCUGGUUGUGCGAAACAUCUGCGGCUUUGAUACUAUUGAUGAUGCGUUGGAGUUUCUGAGAAAAGAGCUGAGGGAGAUGCAAGUUCAGGACAAUCAUCUGGCCCGCCAGCUGAUCCACCUGCGUGGUGAAAUCCACCGGCUCAAAGUGGAGCAGGUGUGCCACCGUCACAAGGAGAUGCUGGACGAUGCCACCUACGAGUUGGAGGAGUGCGGGGAGGAGUCCGACCUGCUGUGCGACAUCCCCAUGAAGGCCGCCUUUGCUCUGUCAAUGCCUCUGAAAACCCUGGGCGUCACCAAGAUGAACAUCAACUCCAGACGUUUCUCACUGUGUUAAAAAGCAUCAAAUUUUACCAACACAGUGAAGGAUGUUCUCAUAUUCUCCUCUUUGUUUGUGUAAGGCAUGUCGUUAGAGUUACUUCCUCUUCAAGGGCCGACAAAUGAGUGGCUGACAGCAACUGUUGCUAGGAAUGAAAAUGAAAAUAUCUCCUUUGAUUUGUGUCAGGGAAGGACUUGAAUGGGGAAGUAUCUGUGUGCUCACCUCUAGAAGCCAUGCACACUUCUAUUACUGCCAGAGUUUCAUGCUGGUCCAUGUUUUUUAUACCACAGACCCAUUCACAGAAGCAAUAAAGUUGAAGAAAUGCACUUUAUUGCCAAAAGGAUUGAGGCACACCUCCAAGUCCUUGAAUUCAGGGGUUCCAAUCAACUCCAUAGCCACAGUUGUAUAAAAUCACAGAGGUAACAGACUGGUUCUGCAAAUAUUUUUGAAGCAGUCUCAGGAUGUCUGUGAAUUCAAGCAUGGGACGUGAUAAGAUACCAUCUGUGUAAAAGUUGAUUUAUGAGAUUUCCUCGCUACUAAACAUGCCGCAGUCAAUUGUUUGGGGUAUCAGAACAAAGUGGAAGCAGUUUGGUACAACAGCAACUCAGUGACAGAGCAGUAGCCAAUGUUAAAUCAGAUACUCAGGCACACAAUGUCUUGCAGAGUCAAUAGCUAAUUAUCUCCAGGAUUUGUGUGGCCUUCAGAUUAGCUCAAGAACAGUGUGUAGACAGUUUUAAGGAAUUGGGUUCCAUGGAUGACCACCUCUGUCCAAACCCUACAUCAUGAAGUACAUUUUAAAGCUUUGGAUACAGUGGUGUAAAUCACGCUGCCACUGGACCCUGGAGAAUCAAACUUGUUUUCUGAAGAGAUGAAUCUUCUCCGCUUAGCAGUAGCUAAUCUCCUCAGUCUAUCAUCUUUACUUGCUUUCUAGAACUUUACUGGACUUGGGUGUGAGACCAACAUCCAGAGCUGCUGCGCUGUCCUCCAGAGCAAGCAGACUUCCGUAAAACUCUAGCUCAGAACAGAGUUGGACCUAAGCAACCAAAGCAAAACAAGCACCUCAAGAAUACCCCUGCUAAAUGAAAAGCUGUGCAUGAAGAGAUGAUGCCCUAAACUUUUCAGUUCCCUUUAGUACACCCUGCAGAGUAAAUCGGAGGGGUAUGAAUCUUUAUUUGAAAUAAACAAAGUGAAAAUAGUUUCUGAUCCUUCUGUGGAAGAUGGGCUGUGUGAGCUAGAUCUUGAAGGUGUGUGUGUCUUUUUUAUUUAUUAAUCUGGGUUUGCCAGUUGCUAAGAGAAUAGUACUUGCCUGACUGCACUGCCAUGUAUAAAUAUUGCUGGCAGGGGUAUUUUGGUGUGGGGUUGUUCUUCAGUAAUGGGAUUUUGCACCUUAGGUCCAUUGGAGGGACCUCUCCAUGUUGCAGCAUACAAGCCCAUUUGGACACCUUAGGCUUUCAACUUGACUCCACACCAGUACACACAAAAAGAUCCAUAGAACAUGCAUUAGUGAGUUGGUUGUAGAGGAACCUGGCUGGCAUUAAAAGAGCCUUGACUUCAACCCAAAAUAACUUCUUUGUGAUGAAUUAGAGUGAAGACUGACGACCAGGCCACCUCGCCAAACUUAAGCAACUGACCUCACAAAUGUUCUCCUGGAACCUGGAAUCCUAAACCUUGUGGAAACAUUUUCUAAAGGAGUUGAGACCAUUCUAUCUUACAUGGGUGGGGCAACUAUAUUAAAGGUUAUGUAUUAUGAAUGGGAUGUCAGCUAAGUUGAUGUGAGUGUAAAGGCAAGCAUCUGAAUACUUUUGGCAGCACUCUGUAUCAUGUUAACUGAAACUGAAAAGUCUGUGAUUAUUGACACAGGGGCCUUUUUCAUCUACUUCGCAAUAAGUACUAUCCCAGAUCUGGGGAGAAAUUAUUAAAAAAGAAACUUAAAAUAGAAACACAAAAUAUAAUUUUUGAAGCAAUAAAUGAAUUCACCAUCAAAGUGGUGAAAAUGGAAUAAAAGACAAAAGGUCAAACGUUGUUUGAACUGGUUGAGGGAUGAGGGGCUAACAAGUUGGAUCCUUUCAGACUGUCACAUGCUUUAAUGAAAUCAAAGAGCUCAGAAGCAGUGUGUAUUUGUUGAGCCUGGUGGAUCAGAUAAAGAAAAUGCUCAGCGAGUUUCAAUACUAAACAACUUGUCCUCACACAGCAACACUCUUAAAGCCUUCAUCAGUUUCCACCAGGAAGCAGGAGGUGACACCCAUGAUAAUUUUACACCUCUCCCUCAUGGAACAAAAAUAUCUCUUUAGCCUUGGCAUGGCUGUGACAAGAGCCAGGAGGCUGUUGAGAUUCCCCGCGGCAUGUUGAGAUGCUGCAGAGCACUGUUUGUAUAAAGUUGACCUGAUAUUUUUUCAUCAGCAGAUAUUCACACCCAAGAUACGUGAUUUAUGUUAUAGUUAAAAAUGCAUGACUGAUUACUUUUAAUUCUCAGAUAUUGAUGUAUUUUAGUUAAAAGUAUAAAAUUAUUAUCAUUUGGUUGUUAAACACUGUAAUGUAAAUGUAUCUACUAUGCAUGUGAGUAUAAAAGAGAAUACCUUG